AUGAUCACGUGGAAUGCACACAAAAGUAAUAGUAUAAUUUUGAGUGUUGAUGGUAGUAGCCUCGGUAAUCCCGACGUCUUGGAUUUUGAUGGAAUGAUUCGAAAUGUUGAUGGUGUUUGGGUUCAUAGUUUUGCAGAAUUGAUCAUUCUUUGCCCAAUCCCUUCUGUAUUCAAGCUGUCACCUCUCUCUCUCUCUCUCUCUCCUUCUUCUCUUCACCAAUCCCAAAACCCAUUUCACUCUUCAAUCCAAUGCUCUAACAUCAUAACCUUAAAGCUCACAAACAUGUUUCAAUUUCUUCUUCUCCUCGUUCUCUCAAUCUCAACCAUUUCUUCUUCUUAUGCAUUUUCUGUAUCAAAAAAUGCAACUUCAAUCUACGAGGUUCUCCGCAACCACGGUCUUCCCAUGGGUAUUUUCCCCAAGGGUGUUACCCAAUUCAACGUUGGUGAAGAUGGUAAAUUCUGGGUACAUUUAGAUCAAGCUUGUAACGCCAAAUUCGAGAACGAGUUGCAUUAUGAUCGAAACGUUUCUGGGUCAUUGAGUUAUGCGAAGAUUGAUGGGUUGACAGGGUUAGAAGCGCAGGAUCUUUUUCUUUGGUUGACUGUUAAGAGUAUUCGUGUUGAUGUUCCUAGCUCUGGUUUGAUUUACUUUGAUGUUGGUGCUGCUUAUAAACAAUUCUCUUUGUCUCUGUUUGAAACUCCACCUGAAUGUGUCGCUGUUCGUGAUGAUUCCGAGGGGCGAUUAGGAAGGCUCCGCUAUAAACUUGAUCAAGAAACUUCGGGAAGAGAUGUUCUAUAGACAGAGCAGGAGAGGGUGAAAGAAGUUUUUGUGUUGCGAAAUUGUCAUGGAUGUAUUCAUUCGGAGAGGGUAUAAAUUAAUAGGUCCAACGAAUUUGGUCCUACUGUCGUCGUCGUUUGUGUUAUCUCAGCCGUUUAGUGCAGAAUUUAGUGUAGUAGAGGCAGCCAAUGUGUAAUGGGAAAGGGAAGCAACAAGAUGAAUUUCAAGAAUCUGUUUCGCAAUGAAAAGAUGGGCUAUAGAAUGGAGCAUUUUGUUGAGAAAUGGAUUCAGGUGACAAGUAGGCAAAGAUUGUAUUAUAAGAAUGUAUUGGGGGGGUAUGUUAUUCAGUUGUAUCAAAGUUGUUAUAUCAGUUUAUAAUAGACAGAAGAAUCAUAAGCACUUUUGAUUUGAAAAUUCAUAAGCACUGUUUGAAAUUUUAUGUAA